CAAGCUCAAGCUCAGGCUCAAGCUGGGGUUUCGUUCAAGUAUCAGCCUAUCAGCAACCUCACAGGGGUAAAACCGUCUUCUGAAUUGACUUAUAUGAUUAAAACUACAAAACUAAACUACUAUACCGACCAUUCAUAUCGUUAAGUUAUACGAGAGUCAAACAGCUUUCCGUGAAGAGAAGAUCCUGAUCCUGAUCCUCUUUCUCUUGCUCUUUCGUGUUCUUUCUUCUUUUAUUAAGUUAACCCUCUCCAAGUGAUUUAGGGGAUACAAACUUGUCUCCUGUUUUUGCUUUUUGGCUGGAUGGUAUUCUAAGGUCACAGCUAUUCUUUCUUUGUGCUCUGAAUAUAGAGCUUCAUGGAUGAUAGUCUUGGGAAGAUAAAGGUUAUCCGGGAUCACUUUCAAGUACCAACUCCCAGUGUGGACUCUCCUCAAAGCAAUACUCCAUCUGUUUCGCAGCCAAGUACUGACAAUUCUUUGAGGUCAAAUAGCUGUUUGUGGACUCGAAGAAAGUUAAAAAGUGCGGCAUCCAUGUUGAAUAUGUUUAGCAUACGUGGGCUGCCCUGGAUUUCGAGCCCCGAUGGUCAGGAAAAGGUUGAGGUAAGUGCUGCAGAAUUGGCUUCACUUCGAUCAGAACUUGCUGAUUUAGAAGAGAGGGAAGCUCACUUGAAAGCUCAGUUGGAACAUGUUGAUGAAAUUUUACGGUCUGCUCGUUUGUGUGGUUAUCUGUACAUCAGAACUAGGUGGAAGCCUCUACCUGGAGAACCUCCCCCCCUUGAUGAUACUGAGGUUGAUGACUGGCUUCCUCGAUUUGUUGUCCUUCAUGGAUCAUGUAUUUUCUUCUAUUUGAAGUCCACAGAUUUGAGCCCACAGGACUCCACCCUGUUAUCUGAUAUUGUUGAAGUAGGUUUUUUGCCAAGCUUUACGCGAGAAGAUGAAGAGACACGACAUUCAUUUUAUAUCUUAACUCGGCAUGGACUGCGAUAUGAAUGCUCAAGUAUUUCUAAGAUACAGGUGGACUCUUGGCUGUUGGCCUUACAAACUGAUUGCAAAUUGACUCCGAAAAUGAGCUCUUUGAUUGGCAGAUCUGCUUCUAGAGCCGCUAGGUCUCUCCUGUCUGCUUCUAAGAACUCUCGUUUUUACUCUGAAGGGCGAGCAGUGGCUGCAGCAGCGGCAGUUACAUUCAGUGGGAAGGUGCCUUUUCUUGCGUCAAAUUUCGGUAGGGCUGGUUCCUCCAACGUGUCUCAAGGAUGGCUAUCCGGAGCCCUUGCUCUUCCGGCAGCAGUUUACAUGCUCCAGGAGCAGGAGGCACAUGCUGCAGAGAUGGAGCGUACUUUCAUUGCUAUCAAGCCUGAUGGAGUGCAGAGAGGACUGAUCUCAGAAAUCAUAUCUCGCUUUGAGCGUAAAGGGUAUAAGCUCGUGGCCGUCAAAAUAGUGAUUCCUUCAAAAGAUUUUGCACAGAAGCAUUAUCAUGAUCUGUCGGAAAGACCCUUCUUUAAUGGCCUCUGUGAGUUCCUUAGCUCUGGCCCUGUUCUUGCCAUGGUUUGGGAAGGAGAGGGAGUUAUUAAAUACGGUAGGAAACUCAUUGGAGCCACAGAUCCACAGAAAUCAGAACCUGGAACAAUCAGAGGCGAUCUAGCCGUUGUUGUUGGAAGAAACAUCAUUCACGGAAGUGAUGGCCCUGAGACAGCGCAGGAUGAGAUUAAAUUGUGGUUCAAACCAGAGGAAUUGGUUAACUACACAAGCAACGCGGAGAAGUGGGUGUAUGGAGUCAACUGAUUAAAUUUUUUUGUGUUACAAUUAAAAUUUUCAGAAACUUAGGUCGUCCCACAGUAAGAGUGGGGUAAGCAGCGGCAUAAUUCUUAGAAUAAAUAUGUGUUCCUGUUGAGGUGAACAACGCAAACUCUACUGCUUUGCUACAAACAGCCGGCGAAAUUUAUUUCGGCAAUAAUUUAUUACACCUCCUUCGUUAUGCACUCCAAUGAACACAAUUCUCUGAGCCCUCUUCAUAAUUUUGACCAAUUGUUUUCAGUGGUGCU